GCCAGCUCUCUUCCUCGCCGCAGAGCAGAGGAGCACAAGUGAGCGAGAGCUAGCAGCUCAAGCCUUCUAGCCUCACAGGCCACUGCAGCCGCCUAGCUCGAGUUGUAUAGCUAGUAAUAUAAUCCGGCUGCGACAUCAUCAGCCAUGGGCGUGGGCAAGGUCCUGAACGAGGUGAAGCCGUACCUGUACAUGGUGCUCCUGAUGGUGGGGUUCUCCGGGAUGUACAUCGUCUCCGUCGCCUCCCUCCGGCGCGGCAUGAGCCACUUCGUCCUCGUCGUCUACCGCAACUUCGUCGGCACCGUCCUUAUGACCCCCUUCGCGCUCCUCUUCGAGAGGGGAGUGAGGCCCAAGAUGACGCCGCUCGUCUUCGUCAAGGUCAUGGGGCUCGCCUUGCUGGAGCCUGUGCUGGACCAGAACAUGUACUACCUGGGCGCGAAGCUGACCUCCGCGGGCUUCGCCUCGGCCCUCGUCAACAUGCUCCCGGCGGUCACCUUCCUCAUGGCGCUCGUCCUCAGGAUGGAGAAGCUCAGGCUGCGGAGCCUCCACAGCCAGGCCAAGAUCCUCGGCACGGUCUGCACCGUCGCCGGCGCCGUACUCAUGGUCCUCUACCACGGCCCCGUCGUGCCGUUCCCGUGGUCCAGCGGCGGCGCCCACCACCACGCUGCGGUGGCCGCCGGCACGGCGGCGAGCCAAAGCGGCGGUGCCUGGCUCUACGGCGUCGCCAUGGUCAUCGGCAGCUGCGUGUGCUGGGCCGGCUUCUUCAUCCUCCAGUCGAACACGCUGCAGAGCUACCCGGCAGAGAUGUCGCUGACGGCGCUCAUCUGCGGCGUGGGCACGGUGAUGAGCGGCGCGGUGGCGCUUUUUGCGGAGCGCCGCGACAUGAGCGCCUGGGUCAUCGGCUUCGACACCCGCCUCUUCACCGUCGUCUACUCCGGGAUCGUGUGCUCCGGCGUGGCCUUCUACGUGCAGGGGCUAGUGACGCGGGUGCGCGGCCCGGUGUUCGUGACGGCGUUCCAGCCCCUCUGCAUGAUCUUCACCACCAUCAUGGGCUCCACCAUACUCAAAGAAGAGACCACCUUGGGAAGCGUGGUUGGCGCGGCGAUCAUAGUGGUGGGGCUCUACUCCCUCAUCUGGGGCAAGAGCAAGGACCACCUCGGCGACGGCAAGCCCGGCGCCGGGGUCGUCACCGAGCUGCCCCUGACCUCGGCUCCGACCCCCAACGGCAACGGAUACGGCAAGCAGCACGCGCUCGGCGGCCAUGUCGUUACCGACGUCGAGACGCCGGCGGCCACCGUGACCAAGUGCGCUUACUGACAAGCCGAUCGAUCGAGCUUCCAUCACACUGCACACUAGUGUAGUGCAUCCAACAUCAGUGGCUGUACGUGUAAUCCAGGAGAGAUGAUGCGCUGUGCUUCGAUUGCUCUGCUCUCGUAGAGACGCCGGACUAAAACUAUAUCACUCUGCAUUAACCACUUUUGUUUGACUUGAUCCGCCUCAGCUUUUUGCGUUUGAUU